GAAAAACAAAUAUGUGAAACACCCCCACGCGUUGACGUCUUUACGUCAUAAGGAGGCGCCAAACGCUCGAAAACAGGUGCAAGCUAAAAUAAAGUGUAAGCUAAUACACAGUAUGCGGCCAAAGCUAAAGUUAGCUUAACAGCAGUUACAGUCAACUCUCUGCUCCUGAAUAGUUUAAUAGAUGCUAAGUUAUGCAUUUAUAAAUAAAACCUAGAAACAAGAGGCACGUGUCAGCUGGGAAAUAAAUAAAUAAACCGCUUCGAAAUCACGGAGCGCUUUGACGAAUGUCAACACGAAACUGCCGAAGUGAACCAAACUAGUCGCUCUUAAACCAAACUAGUCGCUCUUAAACAACUGCUCAGAUUAAACACGCAGACUUGUGUUUUAACUCUGAGUUAUCAGACUCACCUGAAAACCGACGGCUCAGGUACCGCGAUAAUGGGAAGAACACGUAAGACAGCACAGAGAUAAUCAUGUCACCGCACUGGAACCGGCGCAUGCGCGCUCCGGAGCCAAACGCCACAGGACGAUGAUCCAUCAGCUCAGGCCCAGGACUUGGACAAUGAGUAUGACACGGACUUUGACACCGAGUCAGAUGACAAUGCGGAGGCGCACACGGAGAUGUCCACAGCUGAUGUGUACCUACAGGCCUGCAGGCUGCUGGGGGUGGUACCAGUUUCCUGUUUUAUCCGUAACCUUGACUCCACAACUCUGACGCUCACCCACUAUGGGCUGGGGCCGCUGGGCUGCAAGGCGCUCGCCAUUGCUUUAGUGACUGAUAUGCAUAUAAACACGCUGGAAUUGGCAGACAAUCACAUUCAAGCCGAGGGAGCCAAAUACCUGGGGGAGAUGCUCAAGGCCAACUUCACCGUGCGGCAUCUCGACGUGUCCAACAACUCUCUGCAGUCUGCAGGAGCCGAGUACGUGGCUAAAAUGCUGCUGGAGAACAUUUCAUUAAAAUCUAUUAAAGUUUCAGGAAAUGGAUUUGAUGGUGAUGAUGCAAAAUGCUUAGCAAAUGCCUUGUCAAGCAAUUCAAGAAUUAAGGAGCUCGACCUGAGUCAUAACAAGUUUAGUGGAAAAGGAGGGGAGUAUUUAGGACAACUCUUGGCAAACAACGAAGGCCUGGAGGUGCUGGACAUGAGCUGGAAUCACCUUAGAAUGAAAGGGGCCGUGGCUUUUUGUGCUGGACUUAAGGUGAAUAUGAUGCUGAAACACCUUGACCUGUCCUGGAACGGCUUUGGGAACGAGGGCGCCCUGGCCAUGGGAGAGGCCCUGAAGUUCAACAACACCCUGGUGUUCCUCAACCUCAACAACAACCGGCUGACCAACGAAGGCGUCAGCAUGCUGUGCCGCGGCCUGGAGUUCAACGACGCGCUUCGAGUGCUGCUGCUGGCUUACAACUCUAUAACAGUGGAGGGGGCGCUGGCCUUGGUGGAGCUGGUCAAGAACACGGCGAAGACUGCUCUGGAGGAAAUAAACAUAUGUAACGUGCUGGUGAAUGAAACCUUCGUGCAUCUGCUGGAGGAAACGUGUCAGGAGCAUCCUGGGCUGGAUGUGCAGUACGGAGGAGUGGGAGGCUUCAUCGCUAAGAAGCCCCCUAAACGCGUGGAUCCAAUGAAAAUCAUACAGGAUUACUUGGAUCAGCGCAAGCUUCGCCUGUGGGACUUCUUUCGAAACAUAGACAAAGAUGGCACCAUGCAUGUGCCCGUGGCCGACUUCAGGAAGGCAGUGCAGCAAUCGAGCAUCCCUCUGGAGCGAUACCAGAUCGAGGAGCUGAUUCUGAGGCUGGACCGCGAUGGGACGGGAAUCGUAGACUACAGGGGCUUGGCUGACACGAGGAAGCAGAUGAUGAGGGAUCACCGGCGCCAGCUGCGGAAGGUGGAGUCGCGUCAGAAGAAGGAGAAGCAGAAGAGCGAGCGCAUCCUGAAGACCUUCCAGAGCGCGGUGGAGGCCGUCACGCCCCACGGCUCCCUGGUCCUCUCCCCGGGAGCGGCCAGGGAGGACCCGGGCGGCCUGCAGCCCUUCUCCGCCACCCCCCUCAGCUCCUGGCACCACGUGCUCAUGUCCAGCAGCAGCCGCUACUCCGUGGCCAACCUGAGCAGCGAGCGCGUCCACCUGCCGCCGCUGGGCCGUCCCAGCAGCUCGCCGGCCGCGCGCCGCCGCUCGCAGCCCGACCUGCUGGACGGCGCCGCUCGCUCGGCGCUCAGCAAGUCCAUCUCCGCUCUGGGCGUCCGCUCGGACCCGGACAUGGGCUUCAGGAGGCUGAGCCCCGCUGCCAACCACCUGACCGUGUCCAGGCCGGCUCUGAACCCCACGCAGCCUCCGGCCACGGCCAAGAAAGUGAGGAAGAAGAAGAAGAAAGCUAGUAAACAAACCAAAUAACACCGACUGACACUUGAGUUUUGGCUUUUUUAUUAUAGAUCAUCAAAUAAAGUGCACUUGAACCGCUUCUCGUCUUUCUUUCACACUGACACGAGC